CUGUUCAGCAUUCUGUUUCGCAGCAAAGAGACUGAGAGUUGUGGAAUGCUCCUUCUUGCAAAGCCCAUACCAAAACCUUAGUGGAGUUUGUUCUAUAGUCUUCUCAACAUCUCGUUCAAUCAAAACAGCUCCGCUUCGCGAGUUUUGGUCGCCAGAAUAGUGAAGAAGAAAGCUUGGUGUGUUGCUGCGUUUUCGAAGAAAUCGGAAGCUUUGAUGCUUCAAUUCUCUUGGUAAAGUCCUCCUCCUCUUUAAUAUGGUUCAUCAACUUUCAAACCUUAGAUUAAACAUUAGAGCAAACUAUUUGCUAUGUUGAUAGUGAGCGUGUGAUACCCACUUGUCUAAUCCUAUGCUACGAAGAAUAGCGUCCUUUUCUUGGUUUCCUCUUCUUCUUCUUCAAGAGAUUGGUGUUACUGCUGGCUCCAGAACUCCUCUUGUUCUCCCAUCGCGUUACUUUUCCUGUGUUGUCGUGUCUUCUUGUUCUCCAAUUUCUACCACAGUUGGUUCUACAGAAAUCGACGCCCAGUUGUUAAAUCUUAUGAGGAACCAAUGCAGGUCUGGAAAAUUGAAAAAUAUUGAUGAUGCCGUCAACAUUUUUCAUAUGAUGGCUAGGAUGAAGCCUUUGCCAUCUGUGUUAGACUUCACGUUAUUGUUGGGGGUGAUUGUGAAGAUGAAGCAUUAUACAACAGCGAUUUCAUUUAUUAAAGAAAUUUCUUCGUUGGGUAUAAAAUCUGAUGUAUAUACUCUGAAUAUUGUGAUAAAUUGUCUUUGCCAUUUAAAGCAGACAGAUUAUGGGUUCUCAGUUUUGGGGACUAUGUUCAAAGUUGGUUUGGAGCCUACUGUUGUGACUUUUACCACUCUUAUUAAUGGUUUUUGUGGAGAAGGCAAGUUGGUUCAAGCAAUAAGAUUACUUGAACAUACAGAAAAAGUGGGGUAUCAAUCCGACAUUCACACCUUUGGGACAAUAAUAAACGGCUUGUGCAGUAUCAGUGACACAAGUGCUGCAAUUAAGUGUCUACGGAAGCUGGAGGAAAGAAUUUGUAAGCCAAAUGUUGUAGUCUAUAGCAUGAUUAUCAAUAGUUUGUGCAAGGAUGGGUUGGUAUCUGAGGCCUUAAGUUUGUGUUCAGAAAUGACUAGUAAAGGUAUUCAGCCUAAUGUUGUCACUUACACUUGCUUAAUUCAAGGUCUAUGUACUUCUUGUAGAUGGAAGGAAGCUAGUGCACUACUAAUUGAGAUGAGGCAAAAGGGGAUCAUGCCAGAUGUUAAAACUUUUAAUAUUUUAGCGGAUGCCUUAAGCAAAGAAGGAAUGAUAAUGGGUGCUAAAAGCAUAAUGGGUUUUAUGAUUCAGAUGGGGGAGGAGCCUGAUGUUUUCACUUAUAAUUCAUUGAUUGAUGGAUAUUGUUUGCAAAAUCAAAUGAAUGAAGCCACAAAAGUAUUUCAUUUAAUGGCUAGCAGGGGCUGUUUACCAGAUAUUGUAACUUAUAGUUCAUUGAUCCAUGGAUGGUGUAAAGUAAAAAACAUUGAUAAUGCUAUGCAUCUCUUGGAUGAAAUGGUUAGCAAAGGAUUUACUCCUGAUGUUGUCACAUGGACUACACUUAUAGGUGGGUUAUGCCAAGUAGGUAGACCACUUGCUGCUAAAGAACUGUUUUUCAGUAUGCAUAAAUAUGGCCAAAUUCCCAAUCUCCAGACUUGUGCUGUAAUAUUGGAUGGACUUUGCAAAUGCCAACUUCAUUCUGAGGCAAUAUCAUUAUUUGCCGCAAUGGAAAAGAGUAAUAUGGAUUUUAAUAUUGUGAUCUACUGUAUUUUGCUUGAUGCAAUGUGCAGUGCUGGAAAACUGAAUGCUGCUCGGGAACUUUUUAAUAGUUUUCCUGCUAAAGGAUUGCAAAUGAAUGUUUAUGCUUAUACCAUAAUGAUUAAAGGUCUCUGUAAAGAAGGACUGGUGGAUGAGGCUGAAAAAUUAUUGACAAAUAUGGAAGAGAAUGGUUGCCCGCCUAAUAGUUGUACUUACAAUGUAUUUAUUCGAGGAUUUCUUUUUAAAAAGGAGACUUCAAAGACAAUGAGAUACCUUAAAAUAAUGAAAGAGAAAGGUUUUGUUGCAGACGCUGCUACCAUUGAAAUGCUAGUCAACUAUGUAUCCACUAGUCAAGAAGACAUUGCAUUCUGAGAAUUUUUAAUACAAGAAAAUUAAGGCAUUCUCUUGGAUGGAUUUGAGCGAGCACGCCCAACUUUAGAAAAACUGAAGGUUAUUGGAUUUUUCGACAUGCGGUGUUCUAAAUUAUAGAUUCUGGAACUCGUGAAGUUCUUCCACCUGAUUUAGAGGGCAUAAUGAAAGUCAGGGUGAUGAAAGGAUACUGCAAGAAGCUAUUUGCAGUCCUUAGUCCACACUCAAUGUGCGCUUUUACACUGAAGUAGUUUCCCGUUUCCAAGUACAUAUGGUUUCUUUGAAAUAAAAGGCUUAAGCUCUUUAAGCAGUCUUUACAAUGCAUUUUGUUGGGCCGGAGAACAUUCUUAGGGGUGUUUGAAUCCUUCAGCUACAGACCAAGUGUUAGAAUCACGGCAGAAAAGUUUGAUUCGUGAUUUUUCACAGUUGGAGGAUCUCUUCAUGUGGACUCUAUUGCUCACUGACCUCAGCAUAUGAGGCAGUAAUAGGAUGGGGUCUGCCAAGCUUGUGGAAGGGGAAGUUGCACCAGCAAUCUGCAUGAUGUUUGAGAUUGCAUAUCUUGCAUCCAAGGUUGACUGUACAUCCUCUGCACUUUGAGGGAGACGUGCAUCGCAUGGAACUCUUUGAUUGUAUACAAACUUUAUUACAAGUUUGGCAUCAUUUGUGGAUCACUUCUGGUUGCAUCGGUGCCUCUCCAUUAUCAAUAUAAACAUGUUGUGAGUACCCAAUCUGGUAUGGAUCUGUCCUCUUUACAACCAUACCUACUCUUUUCCAGCAUGUACUCUUCAUCAGGUAUAACGAUUUAGUCUUACACACCUUUCCUCAGUUUUGUAUAAAUUUUGUUAUCGUAUUCUCAUACAUUUUUAGAUAUUGUUAGGAACAAGAAAAUUGUAAUUAACUAUUAAUAUUAAUUUGUAAGCCAAAAAGUUCCCUCAUCUAUUUAUAACUGUAUAGCUUAGUUAUCUUCUCAUAUAUACCACCCAUAAUGUUCUAUUUUUUGGUAGUACAUCCGCUUAACCUUAAGUGGUUGCUAAUCUGCUGAUAAACAAGAGUGACAUCAUUAAGUCUCCAAGCUCUUAUAUUCAUCAGCUGCAUAGCUUACAAUUUCUAUGUUCUAAACAAAUAAGUGCAGAAUGAGCCCUGAAGAAAAGGGUCACUUUAGAAGGCAUGAAACUUGAGGGAUGUUGGAGGCAGAACUUGUGCCAUGAGCAUUCGAGCAGGUGGCCUUGGUGUUCUUUUUAGGAUCAGACGAUGUAAUUUUGAUGUCGUCCAACAGAAGGUUGGUGCAUCCUACGGCAUUGUCACACAUCAACUUGACUGCUUCCUCAAAAGCUGAAGUUCCCCGGAAAUUCCUAUAUGUAAUGUCACUGAUUUUUAUAGCCUUUUUGUUGUCAGUUGCAGGAUGAGCAGUGUAGUGUUGGUCAAUGAACACUGGGUGGUGGACAUCUUCUAGUAUUAUGUCCUCAAAUGUGACCUUUCUGACAUACCCAAAUCCUCCCUGGUUAGGAACAGCGUAACAUGAUUGUAUUUGGUCAAACCAUGAUUGAAUGAGAAUGUUAAUAAUUAAGUAAAAAUAGUUUGGGUUAAGUAGAUUAAGGAAUUCAAUCAUUGAGAAAAA